AUGAUGAAGAACAUCAAGUUUUUAUUCUACCUCGCGGCGCUAUUCACUAGCGCUGUAGUGGCCGAUGGCGAAGAGAAGGUUGUGGUACUCACGGAUUCCACACUACAUGAUUUCGUUGCAAAGCACGAACACGUACUCGUCAAGUUCUACGCUGAUUGGUGUAUGCACUGCAAGUCAUUGGCACCAGAGUAUGAGAAGGCAGCGGAUUUACUAAAGGCCGAGGGUUCCUCCAUAAUAUUGGCCAAGGUAAAUAAUGAAGACGCAAAGGAUCUUCUAACUGAAUUUAUGAUUGAAGGUUUUCCCACCCUUAAAUUUUUCAAGAAUGGAAAUGCAAUCGAAUAUACGGGAAACAGACAGGCUGAGGGAAUUAUUGAUUGGUGCAAGGAAAUUAUCCUUCCAUCUGUAAAGCCUACGUCUGAUAUCAAGGCUGAAAUUGAGGCAGAUCCUACAUCUAUUAUAUUCUUGGCAGCUGGUACCGAUCCUGAAUCCAAGCUCCACAAGAAGUUUGAGAGUGAAGCUGACAAGUACAGAACACAAGCUAAGUUCUUCCACUCUAAGGAGGGUGACGGCAAAAUCUCUGUUCAUCAUCCAGGACAAGAUCCAUUCUUUUUCACUGGAAGUGAGGAUGAAGACCUAGCAGGAUUCUUCAAGGUCGAGUCGCUCCCUCUAUUCUCUGAGAUUGACCAAAGCAACUACAUGUCAUUUAUUCUCAGUGGAAAGAACCUUUCAUGGUUUUGCGGUUCAGAGGAGGAUUAUAAGAAGUACAAGGACGCAUUUACCAAGGCUGCAAGAGUGUUGCGUGAUACAACAAUCUUUGUUUGGGUAGACAGCGUCAAAUUGUCAAGUAUAAAGGAGGUCUUCGUUAUUAAGACAGUUCCAGCUGUUGCUUACCAGACCCAGGAUGGCAGGUACAUUAUGGAACACGCUCACUAUUCAUUCGGAAGCUCCGAAUCUAUUGUUUCAUUCUACAAGGACGUUGAAGCAGACCUCAUUAAAAAGACCAUUAGAAGUGAAGAGGCUCCAGAACAGCAAGAAGGAAAGAUCACCACUUUGGUUGGAACCACACUUUCCAGUGUUGUCGGAGGUCCAAAGCAUGUUCUUUUGCUUAUCCAUGCUCCACACUGCGAUCACUGCAAGACCUUUAUGCCAAUAUUUGAGGAAUUCGCAGAUUAUGCACUUGAUUUACACGUUUGUAAGUUCAAUGGAGACGCUAAUGAAAGUCCCUUGGAUAGCGUCAAGUGGGAUUCCUUCCCAACAGUCUUAUUUUUCAAAGCUAACAGUGUUGAGCCUGUUGUCUUUUCUGGUGAAAGAACCCUUGAGGGAUUGAAGGAAUUUGUUGCUCAACAAGGUGUCGAAGUAUCUGAUGUACACACCGAGUUGUAAGAACCUCCGGUUGCAAUAAUUUCCAGGUAUGAGAGCGAGUAUUUUGUUGGCAUGAAAUAUGUGAGGUACAAGUUAAUCAACUAAUACUACACAUU